CUCUUGCAAAUCAACCUCGGUUUCUCUCUCUUUCGUGAAAAGUUUUGAUCUUUGGUAGUAAUUGAUAUGUAAACAGUGGCUUUGAAUUCUUGUUGAAUUGCUAUUCUCAAAUUUUAUUUAUGCAUUGAAUUUGUUGUUCUAUGAAAUGGAGAUUGAGAAUUUUUAUUCUUGUUGGAAGAUUUUGAUGAAUUUGGCCUUUUAAAGAUGUGAUCUUGCCCUCUUGUGUUUCACUUUGGAACUUAGAUGCAACCCCAUAUUGCCCCUAUAGUUAAGUUUAAAAUGGCACUGGAGACGUCAACGAGUGGUGACAUUUCUAGCAAGAACAAUGGAAAGAUUCAUAAAAGAAUUCACAAAUCCGAGAGGGAGAAGAUGAAACGCGAGAAUUUGAACGAGCUGUUUCUUGCUCUAGCAAAUUCUUUAGAAGUAUCUGAUCAGAACAACGGCAAGGCUUCCAUGUUGGUUGCAGCCACGCGAACAGUGAAAGACAUGCUGGAUCAGAUUGAACGACUCAGAAAAGAGAACGCCACCUUGUUGUCCGAAUCCAAAUAUGUUAAUGUUGAGACGAGUGAGUUAAAGGAUGAAAACACUGCUUUGGAGGCCGAGAUUGGUAAGCUUCGGACAGAGAUUGAGUCAAAGACCAAGUUGCAGCUCGAUCUAAACAUAGCCCCUCCUGAAUGUCAUAACCAAGAUCAGGCGAAUCACAAUCAUGAUAGUCCUCUCGUCUUUCCCGUCGUGCAACAUGGACCACGAGGGCAAAUCGUAAGUCCUUCACAUUUCACCACAUUAUGCUCGAACAUCCAAGAUCCCCCGGAGGUCGGUAUUGAACAACUAGCUACCAAGCAUGUUUCUCUAGUGAGCAAACCACAUGCUCGGUAUCUCACUCCAGCCGACAGAUGGCCGUCUCAAGUUCUAGAUAAACAGACCGAGUUAGGAAGAGCAGUUCCUCGAAGUUAUAGAAACACCAAAUGAUAAUGAGGAGUUAGUACUUACUUUAUGUAUAUUUCGGUUUCUGAUUAGUAGAGCUGUCUUCGCAAAUUUUAGGCUAUCCCGACGCAACCAUGGCAUGUAGAACAGGGGAUUAGAAAGUCGUAUAUGUUUCUCCAUUCUCUCAUUCUGUUUCGAGAUUGAUAUGAUGAAUCGAAUUAUAUCUUUGUCAA